UCCACGUUUCGCUUCCUGCUUAAAUCUAUUCGACGUGUCCACGUGUUACCGAUCGAUUGCUGAAUCAGCCAACUUAUAUUAUAACGCCCCCCUCCCUCCAUCUCUACCUGACCGAGCAUCUUCAAUAGUUUCAUUUCUCUCCUCCCAAGCAGCAAUAUGAGUGAACAAAACGAGGCUGAAGCUUCUACGCAGCACCGUCACGUUCCAAAACUGAACGAAAGGAUUCUCUCAUCCUUGUCAAGAAGAUCUGUUGCUGCACAUCCAUGGCAUGAUCUUGAGAUAGGACCUGGAGCUCCUACAGUAUUCAAUUGUGUUGUGGAGAUCACAAAAGGAAGUAAGGUCAAGUAUGAACUCGACAAGAAAACUGGGCUGAUAAAGGUUGAUCGGGUCUUAUAUUCAUCAGUGGUCUACCCUCAUAACUAUGGCUUCAUCCCACGCACGCUAUGUGAAGACAAUGACCCAAUGGAUGUUUUAGUCCUCAUGCAGGAACCAGUCCUUCCCGGUUGUUUUCUUCGAGCCAGGGCAAUCGGGCUCAUGCCCAUGAUCGAUCAGGGAGAGAAAGAUGAUAAGAUCAUUGCAGUGUGUGCUGAUGACCCAGAGUACCGGCACUACACCGACAUCAAUGAGCUCGCUCCCCAUCGUCUUGCUGAGAUCCGUCGCUUUUUCGAAGACUAUAAGAAGAACGAAAAUAAAGCAGUGGCUGUCGACGACUUUUUGCAUUCAAAACUUGCAAUUGAUGCCAUACAGUACUCCAUGGAUCUGUAUGCUCAAUAUAUUUUGCAAAGCCUAAGGCAAUAAGAUGGGAUUUUAUUAGUCUUUUAUAAUAAUUCCCUAUGAAUUUGGGGAAAGAGAGAGAGACUUAAGCUUUUUCGCAACUGAAUUGUGUUUUGGAUUUUGAUGGCUGUUUUAUUGAGUUCCAAACAAAUAUAAUCACUAGUUUCGACUACUUGUAUUAGUAGAUACGUUUGUUAUAACAACUACAUCACAUGAUUGAUGAAAUUAGUGAAUCUGUCAAUUAGUUUGAACCAGCCCGCAGAUGGGCCAAGGUUCAAGAUUUGCA